AAGAACAACAAGCGAAUACGUUUGGUGCUUAUAACCCUGUGCUUUGUUCUGCUGGCUGCUUGCAUUGUGCUCUCAGUUUUCCUGGUCUUGAACAUUCGCAAGGAAGACAAGAAUGGGGGAGAAAGAGAUGGAGUAACUUGCCCAAAAAGUGCUCAGCAGUGCAGCUCCGAAACAUGUCUGGAAGUUGCAUCCAAAUUACAAAAGAGUAUGAACGAGACCGUGAAUCCAUGUGAAGAUUUUUUUCAAUAUUCCUGCGGCUCUUGGAUCAAAAACAAUCCAAUCCCAUCCUCCGAAGCCGGGAUAUCUACUUUUGCUGUACUAAAAAAACAAGUCUACGAGCAGAUUCUGUUUUUGUUGCUAGAGGAUGCUAGUGGUCCUAAAGAAAACGCUGUAUCAAAGGCAAGAGUCUACUUCAAAUCCUGCAUGAACGAGGAUGACAGCAAUAACAAUGGGACAAUCGAGUUAAAGCGUCUUAUUUAUCGAUUUGGAUCCUGGUCAUUAGACAAUGGCACAUGGAAUGAGUCAAGAUGGAGUUACAUUGAUAGUUUACGGAAGAUUCACAGCGACUUCUUCUCCAUUUCUCCCCUCUUCGAACUUUACAUUGUUGCAAACCCUUACAACUCUUCAAGAAUGAGUCUAAAGGUAACAAAAGUU